GCGGGCAGAGGUGCAUAUGGACCGGCUGGGGAGCAACGGGAGCUGCCCAGGCUGCCGGCUGGAGGGGGGCCCGGCGGCGGGAACCGCCACCGGCCUGGCGGCCGUGCUUAUCUUCACCAUCGUAGUGGACGUACUGGGCAACGCGCUGGUCAUCCUCUCUGUACUGCGGAACAAGAAGCUCCGCAACGCCGAGGCAGCUGCAAACGGAGGAGCCAGCUCAGGUAAUACCCACGUCUCUUCAGCCGACCCGCGCUGGGAGGAGCGGGGCAGAGGCGCAGGCAACAUCUUUGUUGUCAGCUUGUCUGUUGCAGACCUUGUGGUUGCAGUUUAUCCAUACCCUCUGAUCUUAAGUGCCAUCUUCCACAAUGGAUGGACCAUGGGAAAUGUCCACUGCCAGAUAAGUGGGUUCCUGAUGGGCUUAAGUGUCAUUGGGUCCAUUUUCAACAUCACAGCAAUUGCAAUCAACCGCUACUGCUACAUCUGCCACAGCCUUCGGUACGAUAAGCUCUUCAACUUGAAGAAAACCUGCUGCUAUCUUUGCCUGACCUGGAUACUCACAGUGGUAGCAAUUGUGCCAAACUUCUUUGUUGGCUCCUUGCAGUAUGACCCCCGGAUUUACUCCUGCACCUUUGCGCAGACAGUGAGCACAUCUUACACCAUCACGGUGGUGGUGGUUCACUUCAUCGUCCCACUCUCCGUUGUGACAUUUUGCUACCUACGGAUCUGGAUUUUGGUGAUUCAAGUCAAACACCGGGUGAGACAAGACUGCAAGCAGAAACUCAAGGCAGCUGACAUCCGAAACUUCCUGACGAUGUUUGUGGUUUUUGUCCUUUUUGCUGUGUGCUGGGGACCAUUAAACUUUAUUGGCCUUGCUGUUUCAAUUAAUCCUUCAGAAGUGCAGCCACACAUUCCAGAAUGGCUUUUUGUUCUGAGCUAUUUUAUGGCCUAUUUUAACAGCUGCCUCAAUGCUGUGAUCUAUGGGCUUCUUAACCAGAAUUUUCGGAAGGAAUACAAAAGGAUAUUGCUGACACUGUGGACUCCCAGGCUGCUGUUCAUUGAUGUGUCCAAGGGCAGGACAGAAGGGAUGAAAAGCAAGCAUUCUCCAGCCAUAACAACCAACAACAACCAUGCUGAAAUACACCUAUGAUUUAGGACAGUACUAUUUAUUCAGGAUUACAGUUGUAUAUAUAAUACAUAAGAACUUUCUACCUGCAUUGCACAUCUGGUGUUACCCUCAUGCAAGAAAGGAGUCUGUAACCUUUCAUACUCAGCUUAUCACUGUGACAUCAAGGCUUUGAGUAAGGAUUUUCAGAAUGGAAAUUACUGAUUUUUUUUUAUUAUUUUUUAUGUGUCAUCUUUCACUGUGUGCCUAGUUAAUCAGUUUGGUUGCUUUUACCACAAGCAUGCCCAUACUUGAAAAGGGAAGUGUUCAGAGUGCAUGGAGAAAUGCAGUUACGCUUGAAAUGCAACCUUCAAGAGACAGCAAAAUUGUCAUUUAUUACACACAAACCUUUCUCUCCUCCCUCUGAAUUCUGUUUUUCUAGCAUUAACUUAACCCAAACUGUAUCAAAGUGUAAACUGCAUGACUAUUUACAUUUUGGAUAGGUAACCAUAUUAGCCAGCAGGUGUAGUAUGUAUGGGCAUGGUAUGUGUUUUCCUUUUUCUUUCCUAUUAAGGUUUAGAAGCUAGCCUGGGCUAGAUGUGAGGCAGGCAGAAGCCAGACAGGCAUGUGUCUGAUACAUUCUUUUUAAUUGAGUAUCUACAGACAUCAAGUACCCUUGCGCUCUCUCCUUUCCCAGGCCAUGAGUAAGUAUAUGACAUAUGACAUAAUCUAAUUGCAGUAAGAUACUUGGAGCCUGAUUCUAAUUUAGACAGUAUCCUGAUAUGGCCAGCAGUCAUUCCUAACAUCUUUCCGAAGUCACUGCUACAUGAACAUCACAACAAAAAAUAUGAACAUAGCAGAGUCCCAUCUGUGUAACACAGAUUAUGACUUUUACUCUGGAAUGUUAACUUUCCAGUAACAUUUACACUUGCAGACAAAAACAGAAGGGCAAGGCAAUGUUUGUUCCAAAAAUCUCUCCUUUUGCUCAUCAGAGAACAUGAAUUUGCUGACAGGAGAAAAAGUGGAGAUUUUUUUCCCCAUUUUAUUCACGUACAGAACUGUAAUUAACUCAUGGAGUGGGGAGACAAAAGCUACUUAACAAUAAUUAUGCAUCAGUUCUGUUAAAGCCUGGACUGUGCUGUUAUCUUUGGAAACAAUGUCACGAAGUUCUGGGGAGGCCAGUAUCACAUUAGAUGUAAGCACAUGGGCAAAGAUAAGGCUGUUUCUUUAAUGGAGUAUGAAAGGGGAAGUGUGUGUGAUGGCAGUUGUCUGUAGAUAUAACUUAGUUUCCUUAGCUUCAUUGUGAAUUCAUCUGUUUAUGGCUUUAAAUACGUGGAUCCUACUUUGAAACAAUCCCAUAAAAUCAACAGGUAAGACUCCCCUGGUACAACUCUACCUUGAGGUUAACACACCUACCUUGAUGCCAGCAUGCUGAGUGGCACAGAAGGGAGAGGGGCAGGUCUGAGCCCUGGAGGUCUAUCAAGGACAGCAGACAGCCCUGCCCCUGGUCAAAGGCUGUGGUCUUCUCUCUUUGGUUCUGGUCAAAGCAGGACUAGUUCCCAGCACUGAGCCCUGAAAGUCUGAGAUCAGACUUUGUAGGCGCCUGGAGAUAGAGGUUUGUAGGAUUUCCCCAAAGCCUUAGCGGGCUGUAUGCCUAGUCCUUAGUGAAGAUAGUAAGCCUUUUGUGCAUGGCUUUCUGAAACCAACUUGCUGCUGAAUGUCCCUUCUGCCGAUUUUUUGGGGAAAGAGGAAUUGAGAGAAAUUAAGUGUCUUUCUGAAGUGGGCCAAAGAACCCUGCAUGCUGCAUUGCCUCCAUGAGGACUGAGUGUCUCUGCUGCUACUGCUGCUUCUGCCAUGUGGUGAAGGUCACUGUGGUAGCAGUGGGCCCUGCAUUUUCAGGUUGCCCUGGCACUUAGGAAGUUUCAAACUUGAACAUCUCAGCCACUGCAGAUGAAUGUUGUUUUAAAAUAUGCUGCAGCAAGCCUCCCAUAAUAGGAAUCAAACUGAGUUCUGUUUUGGCCUCUUAAUCUGCCUCAGCAUGGCCAAAUAAAGGUAUUUUGACCCUCAGAAAUAACUGUUGUCUCUUUGCCUUCCAGAAAAAACAUCCUGGUUGAAUUCACACCAUUCCAUGCAAGCAAAAUCAUUUUGAGUUAAAUGUGGAUAAGAAAAGUACUGUGGACACAUAACUGCAGGGACUGUUUGUCCCAUCACACCAGGGAGAUGUCCUGUGUUCCAUGACAAGUCUUCAGAAUAAUUUGCAAUUAGCCAUAACAGUGUUAGUUAGAAUCACAUUAGCAAAUAAUUUGAAGCAUUAAUGCCAAGUGAAAUAUAUUGCUUUAAGACACUUGUGAAUAAUCUUGUGCAAGUUUGCCAAAUAUCUCAAAUACCCCAAGACUGGGGCUUCAUCUUAAGGAUUCUUGUCUUUUUAACUGAAUGUUCAGUAAAGGUAAUGGGGUUUUUAUAUUAUUUUAUCCUUUAAGCUUGUAUUUGCAUUAUUUCUUAAUCAAGCUCCAAAGUUAACAGCCAGCAAGUAUUUAAACCAAGCUAAGUCCAAAGAUCCUGAACAGGUAAGUUGUGAGAGUCCCUUCUACAUCCUGUCAGGAAUGGGAGCAGCAGGACCAUGAUAGGGCAUCUCCCCAGGACUCACAGAGUCACCACUCAACCAAACUAUGCAAACUGAUCUGCUCGUCCUCUGCCAUGGGGUCUGAGCCCAGCUCCUGUCCAGAUCUCUGCAGGGGCCAAGCAAAGUACCUGCUGUGCUGGAUUGGGUCCGAGCAGCCCCCUGCAGUCCGGAUCCUGCAGGCUAGGGAUGGCUCUGUGGUGGGCACGGGGUGGCUCUGGCAGCACAGGGAGCACAGCCCUGGCACAACCUGUUCAGUAGGGGACUGAAUGUCCCAGGGAGGUAUCCAGGGCUGGGCUGAUUCAGCCACUGUGGUUGGAGGCUUGAGCUCAGUCCUGCUGGAGCUGAGGUUUGCAGUAUGGACCAUGGAAAGCUGGGAAUGUGACCUCAAACAGGAACCUCUGUGCUGUUUGUUAGCACUUUGAAUGAGGCAGCACUUAGGACAGGAUGGAGUUUUAUAUGGUCUGAUUUUAAAACUACCCAAGCAGCACCUUAUUUUUAUGUUAGGAAGUGGUUAACAGGGUACAGAGAGUUUUUUUUCGUUAGCAUUUGUUUACAGAAAAAGGGAAGUGUGUUUUAGCUGAGAAUUCUGAGCAGUCACAAUUUCUCUAUGGGAAUUUAGCUUUAAUCCAAAUUUGAGAUUUCCGUGAAAUCCCACAGUUUAAAUCACAUUCUGCCAAUUCCACCUGUUGCAUAUUUGGCCUUAAGUCUCAUUGAGCUCUCACAUAAACUAGUUUCAAAUCACUUACUCUGGGUUUGAUAUGGUGAGUCAAAUACCUAUUCUAGUCCUAAGCUUUAAAAUUGUUGUCGUGGAAACUUAUGGAGAGGCAGUAUUGCUGUGAAGGAAAAUGAAUCUUUUGCCACAAAGAAGUAUUUUUGGAUGUUGCUAAUGAAUGUUUUUUCAUCAAUUUAAGAAGAAUGUAACCAAUAUAUAUAUAUACAUACAUGUGUACUGCAUAUGCUGUUUCCAUUUUAAUGUUUAAUUAACAAUCCUUCAGUAUACUUUCCUACUGCUAUUUUUGUUCAUAAAAUAGAUUAAUUCCCUUUACCUGUUAAAAAUGUAAUAAAUCUGUCAUAGGGCUACUUACUGAUUUUUUUUUUCUCCACUAGCUGUUACUUUUUAAUACAUAUUUGGAACAUCAGCUUGAGUUUUGUUGACUCCGAGGAAGCAGAUUGAAUUGACAAACAUACUUGAAUUUGUUGCAAUGAGGGUGGCUGUGACAAAUGUUUAGGUCCCCUGACUUCAGGGCAGAGGGUGGAAAGAAAAUAAUUAGGAGUGGGAACAAUGGAGUGCCUUAAAAAGAAAAUUACUUUAAUGAGAAAUAAAAAUAGGGGCAAUGCCCAGAAACCGUGCACAGUAUAUGGACAAGCUCUAAAGGCCAGAAACAAGGGAGAAGUAACAAUAUAUAGUCCUGGGGGUGGAGUAUUUUAGAAACAAUAUCAUAUAUGGAACACAAGUCACAAAUAGGGGAGUAGAACUUGGACUAACAUAACAGCUCCAAAAGGCUCUUGGGAGGAGAUUUCAGCUUGCCCUGAGUUAGAUUCAUGUUUCCCAGGGCUUAAAACUGAGGCUUAUCUUUUCAGGGGUGAAAUCUGCCUGACCCUGUGUCUUAAUCAGGCUGACUCCCAUGGAGUUCACACAUAUCUCAGCAGCCCAGCUUGGACCUGGAGGUGAAUGACCCUGGGUAUCUGAGACAUCUCCUUGGAUCCACAGGUCUUCUUACACUUGUCUGUGAGUCAGCUGCUUGAUGCAUUUUGGCUUUUCUCAUCAGGGAAGAACUUUCUCCAUACAGCCAUUGCUCUUCUCACUGUAUGACCCUUCAAGACUCUUUGUCUUUCUUGUCCCUAUCUGUGCCUAUCCGUAUGUCUAUCCGUGCAGUGCUGUGGAAGCAGAGUUUUCUUGCACUUUCCUGAGAAGGACAGCCCAGCUGAUCUAUGAAGGGGAUGGUGUGGGAGCCAGGGUGGUUGCAAAGUCAGGGCAAGUGCAAAGUCAAAGGUGGUGCUGAGUUGUAGGGAAGGGAUGGGACAGAGAGGGUCACCUUGGGCUGGGGGCACAGUAAGGGCUGACACACACUCGGUCUCCAUCACAGACCUUUGUGAGGAUGCUGUAUCCAAGAUGUUCUAUUUGUGUUAUUUUCCCCCUGUCUGUUUUGGGGCAGGUUUUGCUGUACUCAUUCAGUUCUUCAGCCAAUAGGUUCUGUCCACAGGUUGCACUGAUUGUAUUCCCAUGCUGACUUGACUAGAGCUGUUCUGAGGGAGUCUCUGUGCUGGUUGUAAAGCAGGGAAUAUGGAAGUAUGGAGGCAUCCAAUUGUAACUGCAACUUGAGCUCCUGUUUCCUAACCAGAUAUCAUAUAUAGCCAUGGUGUUAAGGUACUAGAGGCUGAGUUUAUCCAGUAAAACAAAGAACAUCCAUUAAACCAAAGAAUUGCUGAAAAACCAUGAAGCAGAAGUGUUGAAUGAGCAAAGGCCAUUCAAAGAUAUCCCCAGGCAGUAUUGUUACUUUUUUCCCUAAUCUUUUCCAACAGGCACUGGACUGUUGCUUCUACAGCCUGCUGCUUCUACAGUGAAGCCUGCAAUGCUUGGUGAUGUGACACACUGAAAGAAGUGUUUAUGAUAGUGGCAAAUCUCAAAAUGUCUCUCUGAGCGGAGCUGACAGAAAACCCUUGCAUAGACUUGCACCUGCUGUUUCUUCCAUGUGGAACAGAAUGAACUGAACUGUCAGAAGUGAGGCAGUGUUAUUUAUUUACUUACUUGUCACAAAGUAUAGUAACUGGUAGAUAAGACAGAGAUAUAAAACACAAGAGGUGUGAUAAUUUGGUACCAGGAUAAAAUCUCACCCAUAGUGACUACUUAGAAAUUAGUAUUUUUCCUAAUGUAUCUACCUCCAAGCUUAUAAUUUAUAACAUGAAAACAGUCAGUAAAGAGCUACUGCACAUGUAUUUAGAAUUGUAUUGAAAAUUAUAAUUCACUGGAUCUAAUGUGAUAUUUCUUACCACAAAAACCCUGAGAUAAGAAAUGCAGAAUAGGUUCUCAUCAGAACUCUGUGAUGGGAUAUGCAAUUUUUUUUUUCAUUAGUGAUAAGAACCAUAAAAUUCAUAUCACACAUGAACUACACUUGUGAAUGGAAGCUCCAUAAUAUUGUUAACUGAAUUUUCAUUUUCUAGUGCUUGUUUAUAAUAUUCAUUAGUCAUGGACUAUAAGUACUGUACAGCACAGAUAGAAUUUACAGUACAGGGUCGGUUUCCAGAGCAAACAAGGUGGGUCUGAACCACUAACUGAAAUAUGUGUCUAUGUUUUCUUCCAAGCAUGGUCUCCUGAUAAGGUUUUUAACUCAAAUGAUUGCUUCUAAGAGACCAGGGAAACUUUAUUGUGUUUUAGCUUAGGUGCAAUGUCUGUACAGUCGUGGCUUGCUUAGAUUACCUUUUAAAUAGAUUUGAGCCAUCAAACCACUUUAUAAGUCUUUCCAGUUGAAGCAAAUAAUUUAUUUUGUGUAAUAGAUAAACUUAUGAAUAAAAAUUCGUAAAGGUCUAAAUAAAUAUAUUUGUAGCUAUAAUAAUAAUAUAAAAUAGAAAAUACAGUGUAGCCAAAAAGUCGUUCCCCAGAUCUAGUUGCGAAUUCCCAUUCAGGAGAUAAAGCUAGCCGGCACCUAGCCGGCGCCCGUCAACCAAAAAGAAUAAGCAGGACACGGGCCAUCAGGCUAACAAAGGAACGUCACCGGAGCCAAACACCCCGCCCUGCAGACCACUGUUGGGGAAGCAAUCAGGCUAACAAAGGAACGAGCUCGGAGGAGAUACUCAUCGCCGGACCUGAACACCCCGCCUUGCAGACCACCGUUGGGGAAGCAAUCAGACAGGACAAAGGGAAAAGCCCAGCAGAGAUAUUCAUCGGCUCCAACCCGGAUCCAACCACUCCAUCCUGAUGGCCCGAACCAAAAUGAAAUCAAGGAACAUUCAGAACCUCUUUACAUAUGAGGAGAUUCUGCCUGGACAUCUAUUAACUCUAUUCUCCAGUGCCAGGAAAUCCAUUCAUCCAACAAUCAAGGACCUUUGGUGAAUGGUGCCUGCUUGGAAUUUGGCCUCAGGACACAAAAUCCCUAUAAAAACCCCGGCCAGAGAACCCUCGAUCAUGAAUUUGGGAACACCUAUACCUUUGGGUAUAGACCCUGUCCACCUAGCGCUGCGCUGCCCAUUUUAUUGUGUUUUUUUUUCGUUGUUUGUUCUUUAUUGAAAUUGUUUUAUAAUAAAUUUCUCUUUUUAUUUAACCUAAAUUUGCCUUUUCAUUUAUAACAUUUUGUAUGUGGACUAUUUUAUACAUAGCACAUUUAAUAAACUGUUAUGUCCUUCCUUUA